UUUUGAGGCAAAGCCUCACUUUAUUGCCCAGGCUGGAGUGCAGCGACGCGAUGCUGGCUCACUGCAGCCUCGAACUCCCGGGCUCAAGUGAUUCUCUGCCUUGGCCUUCCGAGUAACUGGGACCACAAUCACGGGACACCCCGCCCGGCUGAUUUUUGUUUGUUAGUAGAGGUGAGGUCUCGCCAUGUUGCCCAGGCUGGUCUCGAACUCCUGAGCUCAAGCGAUCCUCCCGCCUGGGCCUCACAAAGUGCUGGGAUUACAGGCAUGAGCCGCACGGGGCCGGUCUUAAUACCUUUAAUAAAGAGAUAACAGGCCGGACGCGGUGGCUCACGCCUGUGAUCCCAGCACUUUGGGUGGGCAAGGCGGACGAAUCAUUUGAGGUCACGAGGUUUCUGUUUGUUUGCAUACAAUUUAACUGAUGCCUAAAUCAUUUCCCAAUUCCUUAGCGGAGUCUUGCUCUGUCGCUCAGGCUGGAGUGCAGUGGCGCGAUCUCGGCCCCCUGCAACCUCCGCCUCCUUUCGCCUCCCAGGUUCAGGCAAUUUUCCUGCCUCAGCUUCCUGAGUAGCUGAGAUUGAAGGCGCGGGCCACCACGCCCGGCUAAUUUUUUUGUAUUUUUUAGUAGAGACGGCGUUUCACCAUGUUGGUCAGUCUGGCCUCGAACUCCUGACCUCGUGAUCUGCCCGCCUCGGCCUUCCAAAAUGCUGAGAUUACAGGCGUGAGCCACCGUGCCAGGCUGAGGGUAUCCGGUGGGAGACUGCCAGGAGUGUAGUGCGCUUGCGCAGUUUACCUCCCUGCACACCCACCUCCCCCCGCUCCCCUCCCAACUUUUUUCGGGUAUCCAGCACAAUUCUAGGAAUUCGCCUCCCACCCAUUUUGAGUAGACGCGCCACUAGUGCGUUCCCACGCACAAACAUUUUCCCUGCAGCCAACCCGCUGUUCUCAACUCCCCGCCCUGGUUGCUAAGGGAGGCGCGCGGAGCGCUUGUGCUUGAGCACUUCCACACCAGCUCGUGUAGUGUGACUCUGGGCCCCGUCCCUGUGACCGGGCCAGGCUUGGAGCUGCAGGGAAUCCGGACUUUCGGGCUCUCUGGAAGGCCGGGGAGAGGCCAGCGUGGGAGGACCUGGUGGGGAGGAAGCGGUGUUACAAACCCUGCGCCAAGCUGCACAGCUGCUGCCAGACACUGCGGCGCCGCGACCUUUUCUACUCCGGACUACGUUUCCCAGCGGACCCCGCGGGAGCUGGGUCGGCGGCCCCUUUGUGUCCUCCGCGGGCGGAGGCAGCUGAGGCGCUUCUUUCCUGUCCCGUAGGGGCUGGGUUCCAUCCAACUAAGGGUAGGGGUGAGACCCGAGUGCAGAUUCCCCGAGCCUUCGGGGCGGGAAGGGGAUCUUCCACCAGUUCUGUUCUGCAGGUAGGGAGUGGGCUGAGGAGUGGCGUGUGGGUCUCCGGAAGCUCGUCCCAGGCCAUCUGUGUGACUCCGGUGCGAGUGGAGGUCUCCAUUCUGCUCUCUCUGUUGGAGGGAAGGUUGCAAGAGGAGGAAAGAGAAGCCUAAAAAGUCUAGACUGGUGAUUCUGGAUGCUGCAAGAGAAGUCUAGUUUCUCAUGUUCUUUUCCCCAUCUCAGUCAUCUGAGGCCACUGCUAUUUCCCAAGAGAAGAGCCAGGAGGAAGAAAGAAUGGCUGUUGGGCUUCUUAAAGCCGUGUACCAGAGACGGGAUUUCACCAUGUUAGCCAGGAUGGUCUCGAUCUCCUGACCUCGUGAUCCGCCCGCCUCGGCCUCCCAAAGUGCUGGCAUUACAGGCGUGAGCCACCGCACCCAGCCGCCAGAAUUGGUGACCUUCAGAGAUGUGGCUGUAGACUUCUCCCAAGAGGAAUGGGAUUGUCUGGAUUCUUCUCAAAGACAUCUGUAUAGUAAUGUGAUGCUGGAGAACUACAGGAUCUUGGUAUCACUGGGACUUUGCUUUUCCAAACCAAGUGUGAUAUUAUUAUUGGAACAAGGAAAAGCACCCUGGAUGGUGAAGAGAGAGCUGACAAAAGGCUUGUGCUCAGGCUGGGAGCCUGUAUGUGAGACUGAAGAAUUAACCCCAAAGCAGGACUUUUAUGAAGAACAUCAAUCCCAGAAGAUAAUAGAAACACUUACAAGCUAUAACCUUGAAUACUCCAGUUUGAGAAAAGAGUGGAAAUGUGAGGGCUAUUUUGAAAGGCAACCAGGGAAUCAGAAGGUGUGUUUCAAGGAAGAGAUAAUCACUCAUGAAGAACCCCUUGUUGAUGAAAGAGAACAAGAAUAUAAAUCUUGGGGAAGUUUUCAUCAGAACCCACUGCUUUGUACACAAAAGAUAAUCCCCAAAGAGGAGAAAGUACAUAAACAUGACACACAAAAGAGAAGCUUUAAAAAAAAUUUAAUGGCUAUUAAGCCCAAGAGUGUCUGUGCAGAGAAGAAACUUUUGAAAUGUAAUGACUGUGAAAAAGUCUUCAGCCAGAGUUCAUCCCUUACUCUUCAUCAAAGAAUUCAUACUGGAGAGAAACCCUAUAAAUGUAUAGAGUGUGGAAAAGCCUUCAGCCAGAGAUCAAAUCUUGUUCAACAUCAGAGGAUUCAUACUGGAGAAAAACCCUAUGAAUGUAAGGAAUGUAGGAAAGCCUUCAGUCAGAAUGCACACCUAGUUCAACAUCUGCGAGUUCAUACUGGAGAAAAACCUUACGAAUGUAAGGUAUGUCGAAAAGCCUUCAGCCAGUUUGCCUACCUUGCUCAACAUCAGAGAGUUCAUACAGGAGAGAAACCCUAUGAAUGUAUCGAAUGUGGGAAAGCAUUUAGCAACAGAUCAUCCAUUGCUCAACACCAGAGAGUUCAUACAGGAGAGAAACCCUAUGAAUGUAAUGUCUGUGGGAAAGCAUUUAGCCUUCGUGCAUACCUUACUGUACAUCAGAGAAUACAUACCGGAGAGAGACCCUAUGAAUGUAAGGAAUGUGGGAAGGCCUUUAGCCAGAAUUCACACCUUGCUCAACAUCAGAGAAUUCAUACUGGAGAAAAACCUUAUAAGUGUCAGGAAUGUAGGAAAGCAUUCAGCCAGAUUGCCUACCUUGCUCAGCAUCAAAGAGUUCAUACUGGAGAGAAACCCUAUGAAUGUAUCGAAUGUGGGAAGGCUUUUAGCAAUGACUCAUCCCUUACUCAACAUCAGCGAGUUCAUACUGGAGAGAAACCUUAUGAAUGUACUGUUUGUGGAAAGGCUUUUAGUUACUGUGGAUCCCUUGCCCAACAUCAGAGAAUUCAUACUGGAGAGAGACCCUAUGAAUGUAAGGAAUGCAAAAAAACCUUCAGGCAGCAUGCACACCUUGCUCAUCACCAGAGAAUUCACAUUGGGGAGUCACUGUCACCACCCAACCCAGUCAAUCACCAAGUCCUAUAGAUCCUGAGUCCUAAAUGUUUCUAGAAUUCAUACUGUUUUUUGUCUUUAAUGUUGUCACCUUGGUCUGAUUCAUCUCACUCUGAUUACUAAUAUAGCUUUCAAACAGGUCUUCCUGUAUUUAUUUUUGCUACCUUUAAAUCCAUUUCCCACAAUGCACUCACACGGAUCUUUUUUUUUUCUUUUUGAGACAAUGUCUUGCUCUGUUGCCCAGGCUGGAGUGCAGUGGGAUGAUCUCAGCUCACCGCAACCUCUGACUCCCAGCCUCCGCCUCCAGGGUUCAAGCAAUUCUCAAGCCUCAGCCUCCCGAGUAGCUGGGACUACAGACAUGCACCACCAUGCCUGGCUAAUUUUUGUAUUUUUUAGUAGAGAUGGUGUUUUGGCAUGUUGGCCAGGCUGGUCUUGAACUCCUGAUCUCAAGCGAUCUGUCUGUCUCGGCCUCCCAAAGUGCUGGGAUUACAGGCAUGAGCCACCACGCCCAGCCUCAAACUAUUCUUUUUAAAAUAUAGGAAAACACAUAUGGGCCGGGCGUGGUGGCUCAUGCCUGUAAUCUCAGUACUUUGGGAGGCCGAGGUGGGCGGAUCACCCGAGGUCAGGAGUUUGAGAGCAGCUAGACUAAUAUGGUGAAACCCCGACUCUACUAAAAAUACAAAAUAGCUGGGUGUGGUGGUGCACGCUUGUAAUCCCAGCUACUCUGGAGGCUGAGGCAGGAGCAUCACUUGAACCCGAGAGGCAGAGGUUGCAGUGAGCCAAGAUGGCGCCAUUGCAUUCCAACCUGGGCGACAAGAGCCAAACUCCGUCUCAAAAAAAAAAAAGAAAAGAAAACACAUAUUACUAUCUCCAGUUAAAACUUUUUUUUUUGUUUGCUUGUUAUUGUUCUUAGACUAAUAUUCACAGCCUUUAAAAUUGUCUGCGAGGCUUUUUGUUAUUUGGUUCUUACACACCAUUCAGCCUUAUUUUAUUCCAGUCUUCUUCUUUGGGCACUGGGCACUUCCCAGGACUAAGAGCUUAGAUUCUGGAAAAUCAUAGCUCCAACAUUACUGUGGCAUUGUGUGACUUUGAGCAAUUUGCUUAUCUAAACCUCAGGGUUUUCUUUAAAUCUUAAAAUAGGAAUAAUACAGGAUACUGUACUGUAGAAAUGUAAGUAUUAAGUGAAACAGUGUCUGUUGUAGAUUGAUGCAUAUUAAAUGAGAAAUUUGCAUGUAAAAUACUUCAUAUAGUCUGUCAAAUAUAGCAGAUAUUCAAUAAAUGAUAAUAGCUAACAUGUAUUGAGUGCCCACUACACAUCAGGCACUGUCUUACAUACUCUACAUAUAUUAACUCAUCUACUCCUCACAAAACAGGAUUCCUUAUUGGACAAAGUGGAGCAUUCCUGCAAAACACCAGUUCAGAAUUUGGAAAAUCUAAACAUUUUAGAACAUAAAUGGCAGUCUUUGUACUGUAGCUUAGUAGUUGUUAUAAACUCAGGUAGUGGAACUAUAACACUGACAGACAGUUUUAGGAAGUUUCUAAAGAUAAUGAAUUGGAUAAGCCAAUUAAAAAAAAUAGAAUUCACUGGGAAGAAUGCAGAACCUGUAUUUAGAUCAAGGAAGGAAUAGAAAUGGUCACAAUUAACCAAAAAAAUCAAUAAACGCAGAAAUUCAUGUGGUCCCCUUAAAUAGGCACCACACCCUGGCCGGGUGCAGUGGCUCAUUCCUGUAAUCCCAGCACUUUGGGAGGCCGAGGUGGGUGGAUUAUGAGGUCAGGAGUUCGAGACCAGCCUGCCUAACAGGAUGAAACCCUGUCUCUACUAAAAAUAAAACAAUUAGCCAGGUGUGGUGGCGCAGGCCUGUAAUCCCAGCUACUCAGGAGGCUGAGGCAAGAGAAUUGCUUGAACCCAGGAGACAGAGGUUGCAGUGAGCCGAGAUCGUGCUACUGCACCCCAGUCUGGGCAAUACAGCGAGACUCCAUCUCAAAAAAAAAAAAAAGGCACUACACCCAGGUAAUUGUAUGGUUAAAUUCAGGUAAUUUAGAAGGCAUGUAAAGUGUUCCAUACUAUAGAAAAAUGUAAAGUUUAAAAAUUUUUUAUCCAGUGGUUGCAAAAUUGAAAUCAAAAGGGGAUUAAGGGAAGAAAACAACAGAUAGAUACACAAAUAUUAAUAUAGGCAUUCAUUCUGUUAAUAUUGAGUAAUUACUAUUUGUCAGACACUGUUUUAGGUAUGAGGAAAUGACAGUGAGCAAUACAAAGGCCACAUUCUCAUGGAGUAAAAUUCCAGAGGUGGAGACGUAAUUAAUACUUAAAUAUAAAACAGUAGAUUUUCUAAACACAGAAAAUGGAAGAGUAACAAGAAAAUAAAUCAAGGAGCAUUAUAUAGCCAAGACUGCAGAGACUCAAUAUAAAAAGUUGGCGAUUCUUCCUAAUUAGCAAAUUUACUUCAAUUCCAGCCAAAAUGUUUGUGUUUUUUGUUUUUGUUUUUGUUUUUGUUUUGCCCUUUAGCUUCACAGGUUUGUUCUGAAAUUUAUCUAUGAGGUAUAAAUUCUUAAGAGCAGCAAGAAAAUUAUCGAAUCUAUUUGUAGAAACUGCAUAUGAUGAUGGUUCAUACCAGUAGAGAAAGAUUGGGUUUGGGGGUAUUACUAGUAGUAAGGGGAUUCACUAGUAGUAAGGGAAAUGCAAAAUAAAAUCACAAUGAACUAUUUCAAAAUAAUCACAUUGGCAAAAGCAUUAGAGUGCCAAUUACUGGAAAGAUGUGGAGCAAUAGGAGCACUCAUACCAUGCUAUUGGAAGUAGUUGUGUUUAGCAUAAUUUGGCAAUGUCUAGUAAAGUUGAAGAUGUGAAUAAUCUUUGAUCCAGCAAUUCCACGUUUAAACCUCUACAUAGUCUCUCCUCGUGUUUCAAGGAGAUAUAUGUGAUGGUCCAUUGCAGAACUGUGAGAAUGAGAAGUUGAAAGCAAUCUAACCAUUAGGUUAAAUACAAGAUAGAAUGCAAACUAAAAUGAAUAACUAGAGAUAUUUCUGUCAACAUGGGUAAACCUCAAAAAUAGUAUUAAUGAAAUUGAACUACAGAGUAUUUUGUCUAAUACAGUAUAACAUGUACAAUUUCAAAACAUGCAAAUUAGUGUUAUGAAUUUUCUUCAUGGCUAAAUACUAUAUAAAAAGAAUCUAAAAUAAUUCAUAAAAUAAUCAUCAGAUUCAGAACAGUGGUGACCUGCAGGGAGAAAGACAACUGAGAUUGGGGAAAGGAUGCAAAUGAAAAUACCUUUAAUUAUUUAUUUCUUUUAAAAAUAAGCAAAUACUGUAUAGCCAAUUCUUAAAAUUUGAUAAAGCUGGCUGUGAGUAUAUGAGUCAGUUCUUACUCUCUGUAUCUUUCUGUAUAAACUAUUUCAUAAUGCAAAAAAAUAAAGAAUAUU